AUGGAACUUCAGCCUCUGCAAACGAUCCUCUUCCUUCUCCUCCUAAUACUACCCCUGAAUCACGGAUUCCGAUCUUCCAACGACGAUCCAUCUGAACCCAGCUGCUACACUUCACUCUUCAGCUUCGGCGACUCCGCCACCGCCGCAGGAAUCCAAACCCAGGACUUCACUCCCGGAAAAACCGCCCCCCACUGUGCAUUCCCUCCCUACGGCGAGACCUACUUCCACAAACCCACCGGCCGUUGCAGCGACGGCCGGGUCAUCGUCGAUUUCAUCGCCCAGCACCUGGGCCUCCCUCUGCUUCCGCCUUACCACGGAGAACCGAUCAACACCACCACCUCUGUUUCUCACGGAGCCAAUCUCGCCGUGGUUUCCGCCACCGCCCUCGACCCGGAAUUCCUCGAAUCCAGAGGAAUCUCCGGCUGCCAGAAUUGCUCACUGAGCGUUCAAUUAAGUCGAUUCAAAACCCUUCUAAACUCACUCUGUUCCACUCCUUCCGCAUGCAGAGACUACCUCAGCAAUUCCCUGUUUCUCGUCGGAGAAAUCGGCGGCGUGGAUUACCAGCUUGCUGCCCUCGCCGGUUUCCCCUCCUACGAGGCCGAGGAUCUAAUUCCUUUCGUCGUGGACCGGAUCGGGGACGCAAUUGAGGAGCUAAUCGAAUUGGGCGCGGUCAAUUUCUUGGUCCCUGGCGAUUUCCCCAAAGGAUGCUUCCCUUCCUACCUCACUCGGUUCCGGAGCUCCGACCAGAGCGAUUACGACCCGACCACCGGCUGCAUCGUGUACUACAACUGGUUCUCCGACCAACACAAUCGAAUGCUCCAGGAGGAAAUCGAGCGGGUGCAGAAGCUCCACCCGGGUGCGAGGAUCCACUACGCCGAUUACUUCGGGUCGGCCACUCGGAUCCACGAGGACCCGGAGAAGUUCGGGUUCGGGAAAGCGACGAUCAACAGGGCCUGCUGCGGUGCCGGUGGGCCGUACAAUUACGAACGGUCGGCGGUUUGCGGACGGCCGGGCGCGGUUGCGUGUGAGAAUCCGGCGUCUUAUAUCAAGUGGGACGAUCAUCACUACACGGAGGCGGCGUAUCGGGUCAUCGCCGGCGAUGUUGCGAAACGGUACCGUUACGAUUGGUUUGGUUGCCGCGCGAAGGGACUGGACUCGGAAUAA